CAGUGUCUCGCGCGCGGCUCGAUCGCACGAAGCACACGCGGUCGGGAGCUGCUGCUGUCGAUUUCGAUACAGUGUCUGUGCUGUUGGUGGUGCUUCUUUAACAUUUAUUAAUUUAAGUUUUAAUCGUUAAGCAGUGUGCCAAGUCGUGUGUUGAAAUAAUAGUUUUGUACAUAUAUCGAACCCUAGAGAUCGGCAAUUACACAGAUAAAAAUCGGUAAGAGUGCGAAACCUUGCCAUAGACAAAGGAUAUAUACACAUAAAGAGAGAGAGAGAGAAAAAAAGCUCACGGAUAUAUCUCCACGAUGCGCGCGAGUGAGAGGCGAUGACGAGUUUUUCCCUCUUAUACCUACACUGCUCCACCUUCCUCUUUACACUCGACUACUUUACAAAGAUUCUUUUUUUUUUGUCUUCAUUCAUCUUGACCGUAUUACAACCGCAGCGUUGUUGUGAAAAAAACCGCAGAGCCAUAUAGUGUAUAUCAUAGUCGCGCGCGAGUGCAUCGUACGUAUCGUAUACGCACAAAGUGCAAGUUCUCGUGUGUGCAUGUGUGCAUAAUAUGACGUCAGCUGACUCGUGCGCCGAUGCGUCCGUGUAUUGACUCGGUGCAGCAGUGUGUCGUGCGUGAGUGCGAGUGUCGGAUAGUGUGCGUUUAACGUUGCAGCAGAAGUCUCGCGAGCAAACAAAGCGUCGAGCGAAGAGUGCAUUAUAUGUAUAGUAUACAAAGCAGACAGACAUCGAGAAUAGACGAACUCGGCGCGGGAUAUUUGAGAAAGAAAAAACGAUGCGGAUCUACGAUAAAGACAGUUACCGUAGCGGAGAAAAUUGAAACGAAAUUGUAAAUAGACCGGAUUAUUAGACUAUAGAAUCGAGUCGUAGGAUAUAAAAGUAAGAGAAAUGGCCAGUGUCAAGACGAACGGCUACCAUCACGGCCACAGGCCCGAGCUGCCCCGGCUCGAUCUCAGCCGCGUCGAUCUCGUCGACGAGCAGCAACGACGAAUCAUCCCCAACGGCAUACUCAAACCAUCAUUAACGAUAACACCGAGCGGCAGCAGCAGCAGCAGCGACGGGACGAUGACGACGACGUCGACGAUCGCCGCGUACGACACGAUCGACACGCCGCUCACCGCCACGAGGACGAAUCAGCUGAAUCUCACCUUCGCCGAUCUCAGCUACAGCGUCAGAACCGGCCUGCUGUCCAGAGGGAGAAAAGAAGUCUUAUCGAGCAUCAGCGGAGACUUUCGACCGGGCGAGCUCGUCGCCAUCAUGGGACCCUCGGGAGCUGGCAAAUCCACCUUGAUGGACAUACUUGCCGGUUUCACGACGUCGGGCGUGACGGGCAGCAUCCAGGUGAACGGCCUGACCCGCGACCUGUCGGCGUUCAGGCGCUCCUCGGCCUACAUCAUGCAGGACGACAAUCUGCAGCCGCUGCUCACCGUCUCGGAGAUCAUGCACGUGGCCGCCGAUCUCAAGCUCGACUCCAGCCAGUCGGAGAGAAAGAGCGCGAUAGACUUGAUUCUGACGGAGAUGGGCCUGUACGAACACAAAUCCACGCAGUCGGGCCGACUGUCGGGCGGACAGAAGAAGCGCCUGGCCAUCGCCCUGGAGCUCAUCAGCAAUCCGCCCAUCAUGUUCUUCGACGAGCCGACCUCGGGCCUGGACAGCGUGACGUCGCGACAGUGCCUGGGACUGCUCAAGUCGUUGACGCGCGACGGUCGCACGAUAGUCUGCACGAUUCAUCAGCCCUCGGCGACGCUGUUCGACAUGAUCGACCAUCUGUACGUGCUGGCCGAGGGCAGAUGCUGCUACGCGGGUGGCACGCAGAAUCUCGUGGCUUUUCUGAAGAGCAACGGCUUGAAGUGUCCCAAUUAUCAUAAUCCGGCCGAUUAUCUACUGGAAAUAAUCAACGGCGACUACGGCGAUCAUCUGCCGAACCUCGUCCGAUCCACGGAGAACGGCCGUAGCGGCUUCUGGCGCAAGCGCACGACCGGCCACAAUAUGCUGACUUCACAAGACGGUUGCGCAGCGCGACUCGUCUCCUCGGGCCUCGAUCUGGCCCCGCGAAUACCGCUGCCCGCCACGCCGAUCUUCUACGACUGCGAUCGGCGCAGCCGGGCCUACUACGCGACGGGCUGCUGGCGCCAGCUCUGCAUACUGCUGCGUCGCAACGCGCUGGCGCUGUCGCGACACAGGGUGCUCACCUUCACGAGGCUGUCGAUGCACCUGUGCGUCGCCCUGCUGGUCAGUCUGAUAUUCUACAAGAUCGGCCAGGACGCCAAGUACGCCAAGGAGAAUUUCGCGCUGCUCUUCUUCAGCAUGAUGUUCAUCAUGUUCAGUGCCUUCAACACGUCCCUCAUCACCUUUCCGCAAGAGCUGCCGAUCCUGACCCGCGAGCACUUCAAUCGCUGGUACAAGCUGCGCUCGUUUUAUCUGGCCAAUCGUCUGGCCGAUCUGCCGGUGCAGAUCGGGGCCGCCUCGAUGUACGCCCUGGUGGUCUAUUAUCUCAGCGGCCAGAUACCCGAGGCGUUUCGACUGGCGCUCUUCGUGACGAUGUACGUGAUCGUGAGCCUCGUGGCCCAGUGCAUCGGCCAGAUCGUCGGUACCAGUCUCAACGUUAAGAGCGCAGUGAUAUUCGGGCCGUUCUUCAUCCUGCCGUUCAUGAUAUUCAGCGGCUUCUUCGUGCACAUGAGCGACGCCCAGCCGUAUCUGCACUGGCUGUUUCACGGCUCGUUCCUCAAGUACGGCUACGAGGCGGUGAUGGUAGCCGUCUACGGCUACGGCCGCCCGAGGAUGGACUGCACGGACGACUUCUGCUACUUCAUCUAUCCCGAGACGGUGAUGAAGACCCUGGACAUGCCCAACUCGGACUACUGGUUCUCGUUUAUCGUGCUGUGCAGCCUCUACGCCGCCCUGGAGACCCUCUCCUACGUGAUACUGCGCGUCAAGAUGAAGACGCGCAUGUACAGAUGAUACCGGAUCGAUUGUUUUGGUUUUGCGGAAGUUGUUGUUGUUGUUGUUUUUUUUUUAUUAUUAUUGUUAAUUUAUGAUUGUUAUUGCGCGGGAGGGAGGCCAUACGGAGAUAAAAGUUUUGCAUUUGUCUUUAUUUUUUUGUACUCGCGAUUUUAUAUAGUUGUUACGUUUAAAUAUACAAGUGGCAUAUGUGUAAAUAACGACGAAAGUAGUAACGUACCAUGAUGAGACUAUAAUUGCGAGACGUCGUCGCUCGAGGCGCGUCGCAUAAUCAUAAUAGGCAUUUAAAUUGUGUUAUAAGUCAAGAAAUGGACCCGAAGAGAUACGGAAAAAAAUGUAGCAUUUUUUUUUAUAAAUUUGUAUAAAUUCAUGACCUUUAAAUAAUACGAUUAGCAUAAAUAUUAUAAUUUAAUUUAUACUGUAGAUCAAAUAUGUGUACAUAAUAAAUAUAAUGUAAUUCAAGUACCAAGUAAAUUUCUACAACUAUGUAUACUUUUGGGAAGCUUUGGAGAGAAACUAUUACUCAUCUUUGUCUCUCCGAUGCGUAAACAGACGCAUGCUUUGUUCUCCUCGCUCGUGUUACAAGCCAAUCGAAGCUAAGAGUUCGAGAGUAAAAAAAAGAGUCUUUACGAGCAAUUCCAAUCCAAUUCAAAGCUUGCAUCUGAUAAUUACCGUUCCUUGAUUAUGAUAAAUUGUAUCGUACGAUAAUUUAUUAUGAAAAGUUAAUUGAAAAUCUGGGCGCAACGAGUGAUCUGUAGUACAUGCGUACACAAAAACAAAAAUUAAAUCUACGCAUGCGUGGCCCGUCCUAAUUUCUAUAUAUCUGGCUAGAGAAGAAAACGUUUCGUCGACGUGUUAUUUCUUUACAUUCUACACUUUUAGUAUAGUGACCAUAUGGCGAGUGAUCAUUAUCGUGAAAGACUUUUAAAAAAAAUAUCUGGAAUCAUGAGUUUACGCAGAGUGCGCGUAGCGAGUAGAUCGAUCCCCUGUAUACGCUAAAUACAAAAGAUUGACGAUCGAAUCUACUUUCUAAAAUAAAUGCUCGAUCAUUAGAAAUGUGCUACAAGCAUCAGUCUGUAUAAGUUCGUGAAGCUAUUCACAUCUUCGUCUCUUCGUCUAUCUUUCUCAAGUGUAGGUUUGUCAUUAGUUUCGACCACGUAUUAAGUUUUCACUCGAUUGAAAAAUCAUAUUUUAUUUUUCAAAAAAGUUUUUAAUCAUUUGAUUGCAUCAUUCUAUACAAGUGCGUUCUGUUUCAAGUGCAGUUGCGUCAUUAGUUUCGACCACAUGUGCAGUAGAAGAAUCCAAAUCUAUCAUGGCACAAAAUUGUUUUCCAAAUAUUUAUUUCAACGAGCACAUACACUACAUAUUGAGCUUUUUUAGAAGUGGUCGUAUCGAUUUUGAUGUAAAUCAAAUGCAUUUUGAAAAUAUAAAGGAAUUAAAAAAUAUGAUAAAACGUGAAAAUUU